GUGUUUGGACUCGGCAACAAGACAUAUGAGCAUUUCAAUGCGGUAGGGAAGCUCAUCGACAAGAGACUCGAAGAACUAGGAGCAGAACGAGUAUUCCCCUUAGGACUAGGAGAUGACGAUGCGAAUCUCGAAGAAGACUUCAUGAGAUGGCGUGAAGCGUUUCUACCCACAGUCGCACAUCAGUUCGGCUGGGAGCUGAAUACAGACGCUGAGACGCUUCGUCAGUACAGACUGGAACUUCUUGACAACAAUGCGAAUGUUACUUUAUUCAAGGGCGAGUAUGGUCGUCUAGGUGCGUUUGAACGUCUUCGACCUCCUUUCGAUCAAAAGAAUCCGUUCCCAGCGACAGUUGCCGUCAAUCGCGAGCUACAUACGACUAAUAGUGAGCGGAGCUGCCGACAUAUUGAAUUUGCAGUAGAAGGGUCAAGAAUACGUUACGAAGCCGGCGAUCAUCUUGCCGUUUUUCCCACUAAUGAUCCAGAGCUCGUGCAGACAAUGAUCUCAUUGUUGGGCUUCGAUCCUGAGCAGGCAUUCCGUCUUAUCAAUACUGAUGAAGAGUCGUCAAAGCGUAAUCCGUUUCCUUGUCCGUGCACAUAUCGUACUGCAUUAACACACUAUGUUGACAUCUGUGCUCCUUUGAAGAGUCACGUGCUUAAGGCAAUCAGCGAGUAUUGCUCGGAUAAUCAGGAAAAGGCGUAUCUUCAGCUGUUGUCUACUGCCAGUGAGUCGGGAUUGAAGGAAUAUUCUCAAUAUAUUGUGAAGGAGCGUAGGUCAAUUAUCGACGUGCUUCGUGCUCAUCCAACAUGUAAACCACCGAUUGAAUAUCUUCUGGAGCUACUUCCACGUCUUCAGGCUCGAUACUACAGUAUAGCGUCGUCGCCUAAACACCAAGAGAACCGUAUUGCUAUCUGUUGCAUUGUUACUCGAUAUACAAUAGGAGACCGCCUCGUGAAAGGUGUAUGCACGAACUAUUUGUUGGGAAAGGAAAUCAAUGACCGUACACCAGUGUUUGUGCGUAAAUCACAAAUGCGCCUUCCUCAUCGUACUACAACGCCGGUGAUAAUGAUCGGACCGGGAACAGGCUUCGCGCCGUUCAGAGCUUUCAUUCAAGAGCGGAAGUUCCAAAAAGAUCAGGAUCACGACUAUAUCUACAGAGAAGAGAUUGAAGAAAUGGUCGAAGACGGUGUUAUUACAGACUUAUAUUGCGCGUUUUCACGCGCACAGGAGCAUAAAAUCUACGUACAAAAUAGACUUUGGGAAAGUCGUGAGAAGGUAUGGAGCGCUGUGGAGGCUGGUGCCCAUAUAUACGUAUGCGGAGACGCUCGUAAUAUGGCCCGAGACGUGCAAAAUACUCUUCAGCGCAUUUUCCGCGAAACCGGUUGUAAAUCAGAGGAGGAGGCGUCCAAGUUACUCAAGGAUCUCGAACGACAACGAAGAUAUCAGGCAGAUGUCUGGUCGUAA